UGUGAUUUUCCAGAUGAAGAAGAGACAGCAGCUUGCCCAGGGUCACCUCCAACAUGCAGAUUCCGGCCAUGAUGUCUCUCUUACUGGUGUCUGUGGGCCUCAGGGAUGGCCUUCAGGUUCAGAGCCACCCCAUCACACAACGGGACAUCUUUUCUCAAGAAACACCCCUGGACAUGGCCCCAGCGUCCUUCGACGACCAGUAUGCUGGCUGUGCAGCCGACAUGGCAGCUGCCCUCCCAGAUCUCAACCACUCAGAGUUCAAGGCUAACAAAGUCUACGCUGAUGGCUGGGCCCUUGCCAACACCCAAUGGCAGGAGCGCCAGGCCUGGGGACCAGCGUGGGGCCUCGGCCCCACCCGCCCACCCCUGCGGCCGCCGGGCUUCCGGGAUGAGCAUGGGGUGGCGCUCCUGGCCUACACGGCCAAUACCCCCCUGCACAAGGAAUUCAACAGGGCGGUGCGCGAGGCAGGCCGCUCCCGGACCCACUACCUUCACCACUUCUCCUUUAAGACUCUCCAUUUCCUGCUGACCGAGGCCCUGCAGCUGCUCGGCAGUGGCCUGCGAUCUCCACAGUGCCGCCAGGUGUACAGGGGGGUGCAAGGCCUGCGUUUCCGGCCAGCAGGCCUGGGGACCACCGUUAGGCUGGGGGGCUUUGCUUCGGCGUCCCUGCAGAACGUUGCAGCCCAGCACUUUGGAGAGGACACCUUCUUCGGCAUCUGGACUUGCCUUGGAGCGCCCAUCAAGGGUUACUCCUUCUUCCCUGGAGAGGAGGAGGUGCUGAUCCCCCCCUUUGAGACUUUCCAGGUGGUCAACGCCAGUCGAGCUGCCCAAGGACCCGCCCGCAUCUACCUCCGGGCGCUGGGCAAGCGCAGCACGUAUAACUGCGAGUACAUCAAAGAGAAGAAGUGCAGGUCUGGGCCCUGCCGGCUGGACAGCUCAGCCCGGGGCCAAGGCUCCCUUUCCACUGUCUUGUCUCUCCUGCUGCUACUCUGGUUCCUUGUACUGGGGAUGCUUCCUGAGAGUCCAGGCCUCCUGUGACUUACCAGAUGUUGAGCAGCCCCAUCUGCUCCUCUGCCGCCUGGAGGAUGCUGGGCACCUGUAUGCUUUAAGCAUAGCAGGAUCCCUGGUGAACCCAUGUUUGGAAAACUCUGGAACCUUCUCUGACAAUUGCCAAAUCUGCCAGUAGAGACACAGAAGAGAACUUGGAGACUGAACCUUACCCACUGCUCUAAGAGUGAGACUGACUGGAGGUGGGGGAAGGGGGUCUCCAGGACAGGAAGCAACUCAUUUGGAGAGAGAAGAUGUCAAACAUUGGGGGUGAUGAUGGAGGAGAGAACUGGGACCUGCUGGGGCCAUUCACAUGCCUCCCAUACCCAUCUGGAAAACUCUUAAUUCACCCCUCCGGGAAGCUUUUCCCAACCUCUGUUACCUGCUGGGUACAGGACCUGCCUCUCUGCUCCCAUUGGUCCCCAAGUGUUUCCCAUGUGAGACUCUGCGCUUCCUGAGGACAGGGACUGGGUCUAAGGCACAAAGGAGGUAACAGAAAGUUGGGUGUGGUGGUGCAUGCCUUUACUCCCAGCACUCAGGAGGCAGC